ACAUGUAAAUAUAUUCAGAAUCCGAACGAGUGAGGCGUGCCAGCAGCCAAUCGCUGAGCGUCUCCAACCGCGGGAGAUCCAAAUUUCGCGGGACGUAAUUUGGCGCUAAAAUAGCACUCCUCUGUUGAGCUGGUGUCAAAGCAAAGCUUCUCUGCCGGAGAGGGAUUACAGACACACAGGAACGUUUCCCACCACCGCCGGCUUUACGCUACAACUACGAAAGAAACAUUUUCUAAGCUUUGCUUACCUUUUAAAGGUAACUUAGAUUUAUAAAACUGAAUGACCCGGGUACGUGUAUAUGUUUAACUUAAGUUAUUUGCAGUAUAUUAAGACAUAAUAGUCUCUCUCGUUCCACUACAACAAAGGACCCUUGGGAGAGAGUUUUGUGUAUGUUGGAUGUUAUAUUUUUGUUAUUUUCCACGCAUAAUUUAUUUACAACUUUAACAGGAUUUAUUAUACUGAAGUGCAUAUCGUCUGUAGCAUUUGCAGUCUUUAAAAAUACACAUAUUCAUUUUGACGAUUGACUUUUUCUCCAGUAAGCUAGAGACGCGAUUUGCCUUGUAAAAUAGUUUAUUUUGCGUCACUUUCGCGGGUUUUCGUGAGCAAAAUGAUGCGGAUACCCAGAGGGAUUUCUCCUGCUUCUGGGAGAGGUGCAGUCUCUGGACUCUCGUGCCCGCAGAAGAAAAUGUUCUCCGCGGUGAGGACGGAUUUUUUCAACACGGGACUUGCAAGCCCGCCGACGAAUCUGGUACCGACUGGAUACUUCACUCAGAUCGGGAACACAGCAGCUGCGGAGCAGAGAGCCAACUGUUUGUACGCGACCCCCCACGGGCCCGAACCUAAGCCGACGCGGAUCUCUUCCGGGCGGCUGCCGGCCAAGAGGAGACUAGAUCUGGAAGAGCCACUUUAUCUCCCAGAAUUCCGCACACCAAAAGGGAAGGGAAACUCUGCAUGUGCGAGGGCACCAAGCCCCAAAACUCCCAAGUCUCCAGGGGAACGUACCCGUUAUGACACAUCCCUCGGUCUGCUGACUAAGAAAUUUGUGGGCUUGCUGAGCGAAUCGGCUGACGGGGUUCUGGAUCUGAACUGGGCCACAGAGGUUCUAGAGGUUCAGAAGAGACGCAUCUACGACAUCACCAAUGUUCUGGAGGGAGUGCAGCUCAUCCGCAAGAAAUCCAAAAACAACAUCCAGUGGAUGGUCAGUGGUGUGUUUGAGGGCUCGUCCUGCAAUUCAGAGAAGACCAGCGCUCUCAAGAGAGAGCUUUCUGAGCUGGACCGGCAGGAGAAAGCUCUGGACGACCUCAUUCAGUCCAGCUCAACACGGCUACGAGAACUGACAGAGAACAAGGACAACCAAAGAUUAGGAUAUGUGACCUAUCAGGACAUUCGUACCAUAACCAGCUUGAAAGAUCAAACUGUUAUAGCUGUGAAGGCACCAUCUGAAACCAAACUGGAAGUUCCCGAAGCCUCUGAGGGCUCGCUGCAGAUUUACUUGAAGAGCAAGAACGGCCCAAUUGAGGUGUACUUGUGUCCUGAAGAAUGUUUGGAGGACGCUAGUCCCAUCAAGAAUGCCACACCCAGAAAAGAUUACCCACAAUCCCCCUGUGCCUCCACACCCUCCGUCUUCCCACCUGCCAAACCCCAGCCAGUCGAAGGUUUGCCGUCAAAGCCUCAGCAAUCAAUGACAGGCACAAGUGAAAGCACGUCCCUGCUCGAUGUGGAGGGGAUUCUGGAUCUUCCUCCCAGCCUUCUGCAAAUCACCGAAGACCAGCUGCCUGGGUUGGCCUUCACAUCCGACACCUCUGGGCCUUUUGUUAGCUUCUCUCCUCAGCUCAGCCACGACGACUACCUCUGGGGUCUGGAGGAUGGAGAAGGCGUAUCUGACUUUUUUGACACGUAUGAUCUGGGAGAUUUGCUCAAAACAUGAGGCAUCCAGUGUAACAGAACAACUGAUGGCAUGCAUGUUCAAUUGGAAUUAGUUUAAUUCAGAUUCAGAUCCUAUGAAGUUUUAAAACACUCCUUCACAUUAUGACAGAUUGAAGUUCGUAUAAAAUGCACUACUGAAUUGGCUUAAUUGGUUCUGUUUCUGAUAAAGACAGUAAAUUUGGGAUGAGGCCGUGUUUUAAUAUUUUAAUACUGUAGUUAUUAGAACCGGACAAUAUUGUCAACAAGCACCCUCUAGAGGAGAUGCAUGUGUUAGGUUUAGUACACUAUGAAGCCAUAUUUUUUUAUUUCUGUCAGCCAUAUUAUACCUACAGUAGGGUAUUUUAG